UUCUCAGCAGCCUCUGUGGCUCUGUCCUGUCCAAAGACCACCAUGUAAAACUCCAAUCACCCUCUCCCCUACCAUUCCUCUCCUGCCCUGCCUGUCAGUCCUGUGACCCUUCCCCCCAUCCCUUCACCACCACCACAUCCCCUGCAGCAGAAAACACACAUUACACAAACAGAAUAAGAACCAGGAGCAAGAAUUUCUUCAGCAUUCAUUAGUCUGUUCUCAGCAUUCUUCUUCUUCUUCUUCUUCUUUAAAAUUUACUAUCAUUCUACACUCACCUACCAAUCCCAUUCUCAGUACUGUUUUCUCUUCCUGUUCAUCCAAUUCCUCACUGAAAACUGCUCAGUGUAUUAUUACAACAUAUACUACUCUUAGAGGAGACAGCAAAUCAACGUCAAUCUUUGCCAACUGUUAACCAUGAAACAAACAACAAUAAGUUAAUAACAAAUCUUUCUUUUCCUUAGCUUUCCCUCUCCCUCUCUUUCCUUUGCAAUGCUCAAUGCAGAGCUGGGAACAGCCUCCCCUGCCCCCCCUCCCCCUCCUUCCUUCAUCCUCUUUUCUUUACUCUCUUUAGCCUUUCUACACAUCUCUCAUCAUCAAAGCCUAAAGUAAAGAAUUCCUAAACAAACAGAUACUAAGGAGGAAAGGAGAAAACAGAGCUCGUUAAUUAGAGACUAUCUCUAGCUAAAGAUGAUGACUUUUACCAGUAUUAGCAAUAUUUUCUUUUGCAUUUACUGCUGUUUCUUUACUUCUUUCUUCACCACAGCUUCCACCACCACCACCACCACGACCACCAUUAGCCACCACUAUGGCCGCCGUAUCCUUCAUCAGCCAUUGUUCCCUGUUAGCCAUUCUCUUCCACCAGCUCUUCCACCAACCACCCUACCUCAACCUCCUUUCCCCUCCCCACAGUCUGAACCUCAGCUCCAACCAAAGUACCCUUUCUCCUCACUUUCACCUCCCACUAAUCCUCAGUCCGAAAACAACCCAUUUUUCCCUUCUAUUUGGUCUCCUCCACCAGCUUCUUCGCCGCCUCCCCCCUCCGCUUUGUCAACUUUUCCGGCCAAUAUCUCCUCCCUCAUCCUCCCCCAUUCUUCCUCUUCCUCUAAUAACAGGCCCAUUUCUCACAAACUGAUAGCUGUCAUUGUCUCGGUAUCCCUUGUCUCCACCGUCUUCAUCGCCGGCAUUGCCGCCUUUAUCCUCCUCCACCACCACCGUCGCCUCCGCUACUACCACCAACACCAACGGGAUUUCUCCAAGACAGACAGUCUUCGCCUUUUCCCGCCCAACGUCACUCCUUCCGACAGCACCACCACAAAAAACCCACUUCCGGGAACACCUCUGCCGCCACAGCUGGCCCGCCACACUCCUUCCUCUAACAGCUCAGAAUUUCUCUACCUGGGAACUCUAGUAAGCUCCAGAGAUGUUAAUUAUGAGGCAUCUAAUGUUCCUCAGAGCUCAGAAGAUCACCAUAAUACUGUCCCUUCUUCAGCUUCAGUUUCAGCUUCACUUCAGUAUCAACGGCUAGGCUCCCCGGAGCUCCAACCGCUGCCGCCGCUGCCACGUCAACAGCAGCACCAGCACCAGCACCAGCACCAUUUCCACCAAGACUACAGAAAUGGUGCUGCAAGCAACCUGGGUUCCGACGAGGAUGAUGAAUUCUUCUCCCCAAGAGGGUCCACGGGGGAAAAGUAUAGUCCUGUCCACAGCGGAUCAGGUGAAAAUCUCCCUAGCCCAGGUUCAAAUUCACACCGUUAUUCCACAAAAUCCCAUUCUUUGUCAAGUAGUCCCUCAAUUAUGCUGAAUUUGAGCCCCAGGAGCAGUAUAAGAUCGAAAUCGCCAGAUUCCAUGGUGAAUUUUCUUGCCCCGCCGCUGUUCAUUCCCCCGCCACCGGCCCGAGAACCAAGGGGAAUGUCGUCGUCCCCACCAUCUUCAGGGAAUACCAAGAAUUCGCCUACUCGAGUUUCGGAUUAUUCAGGGAUAACUAUGGAGUCUCCAGGGGAAAAUUUGGAUCUUUCGGGGAGGUUUGCUGGUAUGAGAACAGUGCCUCCACCACCUCCACCACCGCCGCCACCAAGGUUUUGGGAUACUCCUGAGUUGAAUGCCGGGCCACCAGAGCUGGUGGCUCCGUCCAGGCCGGUUGUGGGACAAAAUCUGAGUAAUGGGUUGGGCAAUACGGAGGCUCUGGAGGGGAGAAAUGAGAAUGGUGUGAAGCCCAAGUUGAAGCCUCUGCAUUGGGAUAAAGUUAGAGCCAGCUCAGAUAGAGCUAUGGUUUGGGAUCAGAUGAAAUCUAGCUCAUUUCAGUUGAAUGAAGAAAUGAUCGAGACAUUGUUCACUGCUUCAAAUUCAAAUGCGAGAGAUGGCAUAAGGCGUCCAUUGAUGCCUCCAUUAAAUCAAGAAAACCAGGUCCUGGAUCCAAAGAAGUCUCAGAACAUUGCCAUCUUGUUGCGAGCGCUUAAUGUUACCAUUGAAGAAGUUUGUGAGGCACUUUUAGAAGGCAAUGCUGACAUGUUGGGAACGGAGUUGCUUGAGAGCUUACUAAAAAUGGCUCCUACAAAGGAAGAAGAACGGAAAUUAAUAGAGUUCACAGAUGAAUCACCACUUAAGCUGGGUCCUGCUGAGAAAUUUCUGAAGGCAGUGCUCCACGUACCCUUUGCGUUCAAGAGGGUGGAUGCUAUGCUCUAUAUAGCAAAUUUUGAUUCGGAAGUCGAGUACCUUAGGAGGUCGUUUGAGACACUGGAGGAAGCCUGUAAAGAAUUAAGAAACAGCAGAAUGUUCCUGAAGCUUCUAGAAGCUGUGCUUAAAACUGGGAACCGUAUGAAUGUUGGGACUAACCGUGGAGAUGCACGUGCCUUCAAGCUUGACACGCUACUUAAGCUUGUUGAUGUUAAAGGCACUGAUGGCAGAACCACGCUCUUACAUUUUGUAGUUCAGGAGAUCAUCAGAGCAGAAGGUUCUCGUCUUGCUGGUGCUCGUCAGAAUCAAACUGCUGAAACAGACCAGCAAUACACAUUGCAGAAUGAAGUUGAAUUUAGAAAGGUUGGUCUUCAGGUUGUUUCUCGCCUUAGUGGGGAGCUUAGCAAUGUCAAAAAGGCUGCUUCAAUGGACUCAGAUGCUCUUAAUAAUGAUGUUCUAAAACUAGCCCGUGGAAUUACCGAUGUUACUGAGAUUUUAAAGUUAAACGAAGAGCUUCCUUUAACAGACAGUCGUAGAAAAUUUUCUGAAUCCAUGGAAGGCUUUCUUAAGAAGGCAGAAGAAGAUAUUAUCAACAUCCAAGCCCAAGAAGGCGUUGCUUUGUCCAUGGUUAGAGAGUUAACAGAAUAUUUUCAUGGGAACUCAGUGAAGGAAGAAGCUCAUCCAUUUCGAAUAUUCAUGGUUGUAAAGGACUUUCUUUCCAUCCUUGAUCAGGUUUGCAAGGAUGUUGGAAAGGUCAAUGAGCGAACUAUUGUCAGCUCUGCUCGACAGUUUCCAGCACCAGUGAAUCCAAGCCUUCCCCAAGUGUUCCCAGGAUUCAGUGGACAGCAGCAUAGUAAUUCCUCUGAUGAUGAAAGCUCAUCCUUACCUUAACUUUCGAUCCCUUUCAGCAGAAAUUUCGUCUCUGCUUGGUCCACUACACGAUUUUAGUUUGUUACCUGAACCUAAAGGAGCUUUGCCUUGUGUGAGUCAUUUAGCCAUCUCCUUUUCAUUUUCGAGCUGUAUAAAUUGAUGUAGAGGAUUUUUAGAAUUAUUUCGUCCUAUAUGUAAUAUAGCCAGAAGUAAUCAUAUCAAUCAGGAUAUAAUAAUUUGGUAGUUUUGAUUGACGAGGGCUAGCUUGUAAAUCUCACCAUGUUUAGUAAUGCAGCAUCUUUGUUAAGCUUA